AUGGAGCACAACAGUUACGAUGAGCGAAUAGGGCCGCUUCCCGGGGGUAAUCGCCGGGGCGCGCCUGGAGCUGGGGCUGGGCGUGGCAGUAUGCGGGCCCCCAGCCGCGGCAGACUGGCCCGACCAUCCGGCCAGUCUACUCACGAUCCAUCACCACCAGUUGGCAUGGUAUCGGCAGGGGCUGGGGCAACUCGGUCCCAGCAAUCGGUACCCGCCUCUGGUGGAGUACGGCGCCGCAUGGCAUGGACGAUUGAUAUGAAUAAAAAUGCCAUGCGGGCCUAUUUUAGGGCCUCAGGUUCGGGAACCGGACGGACAGGUUAUCGAGCAGUAAUGUACCGCGAAUUUCUUCGGCUGGAGCCAACUUUGACCGUCACAGAACAAAACCUGGCGGACCGAGUUCGGUACCUACAGCGCUCAGGACUUUUUAGCGCUGCCGAACUCGAGCAAUUACGAUGCGAGGCUGUUCCUCCACUGGAAGAAGAGCCACCCAGGCUGGAGCGCUCUCCUGUUCUCAGCAGGGAAGUUCACAGGGAACCUAGUGCUCAGCAGCCGGAUACGGGUGGUACUGAAAGUGAUUGGGGAACAGCCGCCCUGGAUUUGGAAGCGUUGAGGAGUAGUCUGGAGGAGACGAUUCUGGAAUAUCGCCACGUGCCUCUUGAGCGAAGGCCACGGCUGCCUCGAGUGCCUCUCAGUAUCAAGGUUCGGGAUGCCGUUGGGGCCAUUAACAACAUGCUUCCCUCAUUUUUAGAGGAAAGCGUAGGCCUUUGGGAGACAGACUCAAUUCUCUUCGCUGCCGCAAUGACUGUGUGUCAAUUUGUCGGCGUCAGGAUGCCGCCAACAAGACCCGGCGGUAACCACCAGGUUGGCAGCACUACUCCUAGGACUAGUACUAAGCCAGCCUGGAUGAGGCGAAUUGAGGGUCGUAUAGCAUGGGCCAGGGUCCUCAUCGGCAAACUGACUAGCUUCAGAUCAGGCGUCACAAGGCCGAGAGUGAUGCGCUUUGUCCGAGAAGCAUUCCCCGGUGAGAACAUUUUUGUAGACUCACCGGAGUUUGCACGAAAACUGACAGGGCGCAUCGAUGAUCUGAAGCAGAAGAUAGCUGCUUGGGGCAAGCGGAUUCGGCGAUAUUCCGAAAGGGUGAAGAGGUAUCGGCAGAAUCGUCUCUUCAUGAGUGACCAAAAGAAGUUUUAUAGGACACUGGAGCGUCCUGAUGUGGUCUUGACGGGUGAGCGUCCGGACAAAGCAGAAGUGGUCGCCUUUUGGCGAAGGCUUUGGUCGCAGCCCGUCGAUCACGAAGAGGGUCCAUGGUUCGAAGCGGUCGAGGGAGCAUGUGCAACCAUAGCGCCUAUGAAUCCCAUCAGCAUAUCCGAAGAGGAUGUAGCGGUAGCGGUCCGUAAGGCUCCGAACUGGAAAAGUCCGGGACCGGACGGACUGCAUCAUUAUUGGCUGAAGGGGUUCUGGUGCUGCCACGCUACUCUCGCUCGUCAGUUCCAAAGUGCCCUUGAGAGUGGGACGCUCCCAAACUUCUUAACUACUGGGGUCACUCAUUUAGCUCCAAAGAGCGAUGCUACCGUGGAUCCAUCACAGUAUCGCCCCAUAACUUGUCUUUGUACAAUAUACAAGACUUUAACAUCUGUUUUGAGCUCCAAGAUAAGUCAGCACAUUGUUGAUAACAGUGUGAUGUCUGAGGUUCAGAACGGAUGUAGGGGCGGUAGCCGCGGUAGUAAGGAGCUGCUCCUCAUCGACGCGGUCGCUGGCCAACUUGUCAGACGCAACCGUCGGAAUUUCUCCGCUGCCUGGAUAGACUAUAGGAAAGCGUUCGACUCGGUGCCCCACUCAUGGCUCUCGAGGGUCCUCGAACUGUAUAAAAUUGACAGUGCAGUUCGACACUUCCUCGGGCAAUGCAUGGGAUGUUGGAGAACGAUCCUGAGUCUGGACGGUCGGCGAAUGACGGAUGCGGAUGACCGAAUAGAAAUAAGGCGAGGUAUUUUCCAGGGCGAUUGUCUGAGUCCACUGUGGUUUUGCCUGGCCCUGAACCCUCUGAGUACUCUAUUGGAGAGGUCGGGCACAGGCUUUCAGUUUCGGAGAGGUGGGCCGCGAAUGCCUCACCUUCUCUACAUGGAUGAUCUCAAGCUAUACGGCCCCACAGCUGACAGAUUGACGGAGCUGCUGACAAUCACCAACGAUUUCAGCAGUUCGGUUAGGAUGGAGCUUGGGAUCGAUAAGUGCGCGGUGGUCCAUGUUGAGAGGGGACGUGUCAUGCAUUCUGAUGGCAUUAAUAUUGGCACCAAUCACCUGCGGGUACUCUCCGAGACUGAAACAUACCGGUAUUUGGGCAUGUCACAGACCAUCGGAGUGAAGGAAGCAGACGUGAAACAGGGUGUGUGCGAGGUUUUUUAUGGGCGCCUGAAAAAUGUGCUAAACAGCUAUUUGUCAGGCGUUAAUAAGAUCCGAGCUUAUAACUCCUGGGUCAUGCCUGUUCUGAUGUACACAUUUGGCGUGCUCAAAUGGACUCAGACGGAAUUAGACGCUCUGGAUAGACGAGUCCGCACGACGAUGACCUCUCACCGAAUGCAUCAUCCGAGAUCGUCAGUUAUGAGAUUGUAUGUCCCGCGGAAGUGUGGAGGUAGAGGCCUAUUAAGUGUCAAAACCAUGCACAACCGCGAGAUAUGCAGUCUCAGAAACUACUUUUUGACGAUGACGGAUGACGUAAUUCGUGGAGAGGUUGUCACAUGUGAUAAAGGGCUAACUCCCUUAUCGUUGGCCAAAGAGGAAUGGCGAGACCCGGUGGUGCUUAGCACUUCUGACCGCGAGUCCGUAUGGAAAGAGAAGGAGCUCCAUGGGAGGUUCUUCAAGGUACUCCACGAGCCUUUUAUGGACCUUCGUUCUCUAGACCUGGUAAUUGAAACUACUGGUGACGAUGAGGGAGACGCUUCCGACAGACUUUCAAACGAGCACCCUUCCUCGUACUCUGUGGCCCCUGGCCGGAGUAUCGCAUACCCACCCCGCGGCGAUGAGCUCGCGCUCUCAGAUUGCGAGUCGGACACCCGCUGCUCCUCAGACACCGCUCUCGGUCUGCGUCUACGCACUCCUGUCGGCCAAACCGUACCAAGCUUACUUGAACACGCUGUAGUAAGUGCCUGGGGUCGCUCAGCAGGCCAUGCAGACGCUGUCCGCGCCACCAAGUGA